AUGGCAUUGUACAUCACAAAUAACAGAAAUGAAUAUUCAAGACACAAACUUCAUAGCCAUCUAAAAUCUAAAAAGUUGGAGCAUCAUUCACAUGAGAGUACAAGGAAAGCUCUAGCUAUAAAAUCUUAUUUUAAGGUCACAAAACCUGACGCUGAUGAUUCCAUACCAGUUACAGCCUUCUAUAAUAGCAAGGGUCAUCUGACAGAGAUAGCAAUUGUUAAUUCCCCUUUCGAAAUCCCUCGAAAACUCAUUAUAGCAUUUGCUUUAUGCAUACCAUUCCACACAUCCAUAGGAAGGAUUACAAUUAUAAAAGGGAAAAUUAAUUUCGCUGUCAUCCACGAAAUUAGUAAAUUGCUGCCACAUUCAAAUAUAACCGAAGUUUUUCUUGAAAAUUGCGGCGAUUCAAGGGCUAAAUAUCAUUCACUGUUGGAACAUUUAAGUCAAUUAAAGAAUUUAACGCUACGCCGCUUGGGUAUAGACGAUGGCGAAUGUAAGAAUAUAGUGGACAAUCUUCUUGUUGGGAAACCAGCUUCAAACACUCUACUAACAUUAGAUUUAUCAUCAAAUAAUAUUACAGAUGAAGCAGCAAGUGCUCUCGGUUAUAUGCUCAGAGGAAAUAGAAGUUUAUUGCACUUAAAUUUGUGUAAUAAUAAAAUAAGUGAUACUGGCGCAGGUUGUAUUUUAAGAAGCUUAACGUCAUUUCUAGUAACUGACAAAGAAAUUAUCGGUAAAAAGGUUAGACGUUUCGAAUAUUUCGUGAAGAGAAUUGCUUAUUACAAGCAAUAUAAAGACGAUUUAGUACAUCGUCAAACACAAAAAAGUAACAAAAAUAAGAAGCAUAUGAUGCCACACAAAAAAGGACAUAUUGUGAAGAAAACCAAAACAGAAACUUCAUUUUCCGUUACGUCAGAUCUAACGAUAGAUGAGUUAGCAGAAAAAAUGGCUCUACAAAAUGUUGGUGAAUUUAUAGAUGCAUUCGAUGAUGAGAAUUUGAUCAUCGUUGAGAAUCAAAAAUUUUCGAUUGGAAAUCUACGGUUAUGUUCUCUUAAUCUGUCUUAUAAUCAUUUAAGUUACGUAACAGUGCGUAAAAUAUACUACGUACUCGAUUAUCAAAAGAAUGUUAUAAAAACGAAGCCCCAUUUAAAUACUGGCCUGAUGAGAAUUCUAUUCGAAGGGAAUUACAUUCCGCGUUAUUGUCAAGAGUAUAAAGAUAUAUGUGACCUUCUUGAUAAGGUUAUUUCUGAAAAUAUAACGUUACCCGAUUUAUCCCAUAGCGCACCAUCUCUAAAGUCGGGUAGGCGAGAUUCGACGCCUUCUGUCAAACAAAGCAGCCAUGGUUCAGCACAUGCAAAAAAAUAA